CCACUAUCCAACACAGCCGUUGCUCCUCUUUCCUCGGCGUAGUUUCUAACUACAGCUCAAGAUGAAAGGCCCUCCUUUCAGAGGUUCCUACCUUAUGAAACACAUGCACAAACCCUCUAGAGCAUAUUUUUCCACACUCCCAGCUAAAUCCCAGAUACAGCAAAGCGAAGAAGGCAUGACACCUACAAGUACCAGCAACCGCAUUCACAUCCUUGGACAGGGAAACAUAGGCCGUCUCUUUGCACAUGGUCUUGCAACCAUCCCCAAGCCACCGCCGAUAACACUCCUCUUCCAUCGAGAAAGCCUUCUUGAAGAAUGGAAACAGGCGGGAGAGUGUAUCACUAUUACCGACCGUGGGAUCCCCUCAACGUCAAGAAAUUAUGAUAUCGAGAUCAUCAAUUCUCAAGACACAGAUUCGAAAUCGUCCAUCAUGAAUCUGAUUGUCGCCACAAAGACCACGAAGACUUUGCAGGCGAUUUCUGCAGUGGCAGAUCGGCUGUCACGGGAUUCGACAAUCAUGUUUACUCAAAACGGCAGUAAGUUGAUAUACCAUUUCCCUUCGGGUCUCAAGUCUUAUUCGUGACAAUCGCAAUCAUAGACGCUAACCCAUCGGAUAUCUAGUGGGGACAAUCGAAGAGGUCACUGAAUCACUAUUUCCGUACCCCGGAACACGGCCAACCUAUACUACCGCAACUGUAUACCAUGGUCUCUUCUCCACCAGCCCAUUCUCCUCUGUUCUCCCUGGAAAAGGAAAGAUGGCUCUAUCCCACCAUUUGGGGACGUCAUCGACUCCAAUGUCAAAAUCAAUGCUCACACAAGUCCGACCACCCCGGCUUUUCGACGCAACGGUAUACCAGCCAAACCCUGGGUUCACUCGGCGAAUAGCUAAACUAACCGCCAACGCCAUCAUAAACCCGCUCAGCGUCUUGUUCCAGAAGAAGAAUGGCGAGCUUUUUGAGAGCCAUCAGAUUUGUGCUUUGAUGUACCUCCUAAUUGCCGAGAUAGACCCUGUGCUAUUUACAUAUUGUGAUAGGAGCACUAAAGGAAACGGAGACGACAAGGGAAACGGAGACCGCGCUUAUAUUCGAAGCACUUGGAAAGGUCACGUGGGUACACGUUUCAUGACAGAAGACGUGCUCAUCGCUGCACGACGCAGUGCAGAGAAUUACAGUAGCAUGCUGCAGGAUGUCAAGGCGGGCCGGGAGACUGAGAUCGAUUACAUCAACGGGUGGCUGGUGAAGAAGGGGUUGGAGUACGGUCUCGAUAUGAGUGUUAAUCAGAAGGUUAUAGAGAUGGUGAAAUCGAACAAGAAGUUGGAAUUGGAAGAUAUAGAGCCAAUUUUUGGUCAAUACCAUUCUACAUUGGAUCGGGGGAUGUCGAUUAGAAAGGAAUGGGAAUUGGGGUAUCCGCCAUUGCGUAUCAGGUUUAAACCUGAGAGGAAGUCAUGAGAAAAUUGAUGGCAUUGAAGACGUGGAGAUAGAUCUUUGUGAUGAAUGGAUAUUUGUUCCUGAUUGGCACGGAUUGGAUUGUCGGAAUAUAUGUACAGUACAAGCCUCGAGAAUGUUUCUCCCUCUGUCCAUUGUGCUCUCAAUGCCCCGCACCCAACAUCUACUUCAAAAUCUUACUUGGAGUGACAGCGAAAGUAGGUCGCACAUAUCUAAAAUUCCAGAUGUCAGUCAUGAAACGAUUUAAAAGAAAACAAAUACCCUUGUUCAGACUCGCAAGAAACCAAAAUCACAUAUACUCUUCUCCUAACAUCCUCUCUCCUCCCCAACAACUCCCCAAAAACCCAAAUUACAACCAGCCAGAGAAAAGAAUCGACAUACCUAUCCGAGUUAUAGGCACUAGUCUGAGUCCCAAGCAACUCCUUCUCCCUUGCCAAAUCCGCGUAAUGUCUCCGUACCAAAUCCCGGUCCUCCUCUGCUGUCAAGAGGGGCGUGAUGUAGAUUCUCGACCACAUCUUC